AUGUUAGGUGAUUACAAUAAAAAAUUGCCAGGUAAAGGUCCAGGUGCUGAAGAUGAAAGUCUUGGAACAUUUAAUUUUUUGAAUUCUACAAAACAUAGAAAUGAAGAAAUCGAAGAUUUAACCAACAAUAUGAGUUUUACUGAAAUAAAAAAUUUUUAUCCUUCACCUAGAUUAACUAGUCCAAUUUAUGAUUAUGUCACAAUGGAUGAAUUUAAAAAACAAGUUGAUAUUGAUAAUAACCUCAAUAUUAUUAAAAAGGGUAAUAAUAAUCAAGAAGCUUUGUUUAUACGUCGACAAUUUACGUUUCCAGCAAUGUUAAAUCAAAAUUAUGCACAAUCAGCAAGACAACUGAGUGAUAUUAAUAGCUCUAAAUUGAAAUGUAAUAGUGUAUUUACUGACGAUACCCAACUAAUGGAAACUUAUUACACAAAUUAUGAUAAUGAACUGUUAAAUUAUACAAACAAUUUCAAUAAAGAGGAUUUAAAAGAAUUAAUAGAAAAUGAAAAUAUUCUUCAAAAUGAUCUGGAAGAUAUAGAAAAUCAAGAUAAUGUAGAUUCAGCUGAAACAUUAAACGAUGUACUUGAUUGCAUGAAAGCAGCUUUGUGUCACCCUGAAGACAGUAAUACAAUAGUCUUGGAUGAUGAAGCUAAGACCAUAUUUAGUCCAGAGGCUAAAGCCAAAAGAAUUGAUGCCUUAAAAAAAUACUGCAUCUACAAACUUGGAGAAAAAGAAUUUCACAAUGCAUAUCACUAUCUUUAUCAAAAACGUAUUUUGGAAAAAAAUCAAUCUGGUGAACUAACAAUACUAAAUGGCUUAAAAUCUUAUUGUUCCGAUGUGACUACCGGGUUUCUACUUGAUCAUUUAUUAUUUCUUGAAAAUGAUGCAGUAAAACAAACAAUAAAUAUUCAAUUAUCUGAAUCUGUUCAUCAAAUCUUAAACGAUGAUUUGUCAUUUUAUGCGUAA